GCACGUAGUGUUUUGCAGGAAGUUUCCACGCUCCCGGGUUUAAUCCGCGAAAAGCGGGGCUGGAGAGGAGCGCGGCUGAAUAGCGAUGGAAAGGGGCGGGCGAAGAGGUGGAGGAGGAGGCGGUAGCAGCAGCUGCCGUGUUUAAUUUUUUAAUUAGGGCGGUUUGAGCAUCUCCCGGCGGGGUCGCAUCGCCGGGCGGCGAGGGGAGCCCGGGCGAGCUGCCCCCGCCGCCCGGGACCGCCCCGAGCCCGGAGCCGUCGGGACUCCAGCCUGGACUUCGCAGAGCCGGCGCGGCGGAGAGCUCCGCGCUCCGCCACCAUGGGCAGCGCGGGCGCGGAGGACAAGGCUUCGGACAAGGCUUCGGACAAGGCUUCGGACAAGGCUUCGCACCAGGGCUGACUCAGAGUAUGGCUCCUCAGCCAUGGCUGCAGUACAGAGCAGAGAUUCUGGAAGUCCCUUUAACCUGGCCGAGCAGUGCAGGCAAAGAAGCAAUAGAGGUGAAAAUCCCACAGAGCCACCAGGAUGUGAUGCCCAAUGAUGAGCAGUAAUUACUGCAGCAACACUUCAGCCAGUAUGAGUGUCAACGAAAUGUCUGCCUUCCCUCUGACUUUAGAACAAAAAACUGGCUUUGCCUUUGUGGGGAUUUUGUGUGUUUUCUUGGGACUUCUAAUUAUCAGAUGCUUCAAAAUCUUGCUAGACCCCUACAGCAGUAUGCCUUCUUCCACAUGGGAAGAUGAAGUUGAGGGGUUGGAUAAAGGAACAUUUGAAUAUGCUCUUGCAUGAAAACUCACAGAAUAUCCUGCCUUAAAUUUGAUGUUGAUUUCAUUUUGGAAACCAACUGUUGUUACAUUUGUUAUACAUACCUGCAUUUUGAAGAUAUGUUGGUGGCAUCCAUUUUGUUAAAUAAAUAUUUGUUGCAAACUCAAAA